UCCUUUCUCUUUUGAAAAGCCCGUUGUGCAGCAGAUUGACAGGGCAGAAUGAAAAUGAGGCGCACGCUCGCUCACGGCCUCAGUGUAUACGCGUCCUUUUGAGAAGCCUUCUAAACUUGGAUCAUAUCACCAUGGGAGCUGUUUGGACUGUGAGGGGCUUUUGUGUGUUUUUGCUGCUGUUAAAUAGUGGCCAAAGCGCAGCGCUUCCAGAGAACCGAGAUCCGUGCGCAGAGGGGAGCGAUGGCUGUCACAUUGAUGCUAUUUGUCAGACGACCCAGGGCUCGUACAAGUGUACGUGCAAAGCGGGCUUUAAAGGAGACGGAAGGCACUGUGAAGACAUUGACGAAUGUGACUUCGAGUACAACGGUGGCUGUGUGCAUGAAUGCAACAACAUACCAGGCAAUUAUCGCUGCACUUGUUAUGAUGGGUUCAACUUGGCACACGAUGGACAUAACUGUCUAGAUGUGGAUGAGUGCAAGUUCAGCAAUGGUGGGUGUCAGCACACUUGCGUCAACACCAUGGGGAGCUAUGAGUGCCACUGCAACAAGGGCUUCUUCCUCAGCGACAACCAGCACACAUGCAUCCACCGCUCUGUGGAGGGCCUGAACUGUAUGAAUAAGGAGCACGGCUGUGCUCACAUCUGCAAAGAAACACCUAAAGGGGGCGUCGCCUGCGAGUGCCGUCCAGGGUUCGAGUUGGCCAGGAACCAGAGAGUCUGCACCUUAACCUGUAACCAUGGGAACGGGGGCUGCCAGCACACCUGUGAGGACACAGAAAAUGGUCCCAUAUGCAAGUGCCAUGUCAGGUACAGUCUGCAACCUGACAGAAGGUCUUGUAUCGAACGAGAUGAAGCCACCACAGAGACUUCAGACCAUAACACCACAUCUUUCACUGAGGUGGACAAACGGGUCAAACGGAGACUCUUAAUGGAGACCUGUGCUGUGAACAAUGGCGGAUGCGACUCCACCUGUAAAGACACAUCAACUGGCGUGCGCUGCAGCUGCCCCGUCGGCUUCACACUGCAGCCAGAUGGAAAAACAUGCAAAGAUAUCGAUGAGUGCGAGCUUCACAACGGUGGCUGCGAUCACUUCUGCAGGAACACCAUUGGCAGCUUUGAGUGCAACUGCAAAAAAGGCUUCAAGCUGCUGACUGAUGAGCGUUCCUGUCUCGAUAUAGACGAGUGUUUCUUUGAGAGGACAUGUGAUCACACGUGUGUGAACUCCCCCGGUGGUUUUCAGUGUCUGUGCAACAAAGGCUACACCAUGUAUGGGCUGGCCCACUGUGGAGAUAUAAAUGAAUGCAGUGUGAACAAUGGCGGCUGUCAGCAGGGCUGUGAGAACACCAUGGGUGCAUUUGAAUGUUUUUGCCAUCCUGGCUAUAAACUACACUGGAACAAAAAAGAUUGCAUUGAGGCUGAGGGUUUACCACCUGCAAACCCCCCCUCUAAACCUACUUUGAACUGCAGUAAGCAGGAGGGAGGAGACCGCUGCUUCCUAACAUGCCAGUCUCAAGUUCACAUCAGUAGCGGGACAGAAGAUUCCUACACUGUGACCUGUGGAAUGCCUCUGCCCUGCUUGGCUGAAACACAAAAGAACAACAGCGGCUUGUAUUGCUUAGGUCCAGAAACACCUGGUGUGCUGCGCAUUAAGACCACCGCCACGUUCAAAUCUGGCACCACAAAGUGCAACUUAAAGCAAAGUCAAGAGAGACUAAAGCAGAGCUUAAACUCAGCCCACUCAGGUACAAAGUUCCUCUUCAGAAAUGUCCAGUUCAGCUACGUGAGCCUGCGCUGCACCUCGUCUGGACAGCGACAGCGCAGCCGCCAUGGAAGGAGAGCUGGCGAGGAGGACAGCUCCUCCAUCACAGCAGAGUUUGAACUGGAUGUGAACCUAGAGGAGGUACAGGUUGGGACCUGUGACCUGAGCUGCGUGCGUCGACGUUCAGAAAAAAGACUCCGGAAAACCAUCAGAACCCUGAGGAAAUCCAUCAACAGGGAACAGUUCCACCUUCACUUCGCUGCUGACUACGAGAUCGCCAAGAGUCUGCAUCAGCCAGGAGAACUACCAGGACACUGUGUGGCAGGACAGGUGCUGGUGGGCAAGACGUGUGUGAGCUGCACAGUUGGGACGUACUACGAUAGGAAUCAGGGAAGGUGCGUUCUGUGCCCAGCUGGAACAUAUCAAGACGAGCAGGGGCAGAUGUCUUGUGAGGUCUGUCCAGUGCCUGAAGGGAGAGAAGUCUCUAAGGUGGUCGGGGCUCGAAACAUUUCAGAGUGUGGAGGUCAGUGUUUCCCAGGUCAGUACUCACAUGAUGGCUUUGUACCCUGUCUGUCGUGUCCGCUGGGAACGUAUCAGCCAGAUGUGGGACGCACGACCUGCUUUUCUUGUGGAGGGAAUCUGGUCACCAAGCACACUGGGGCUGUUACCUUCCAGGAGUGUGAAACUAAAGUCCAGUGCUCUCCGGGGCACUACUAUGACACCAGUACACAUCGAUGCAUACGAUGUCCCAUGGGCACCUAUCAGAGGGAGUUUGGCCAAAACUACUGCACUGCCUGUCCUGGAAACACCACCACUGACUUUGAUGGUUCCACUAACAUCAUGCAGUGUAAAAAUCGACAGUGUGGAGGAGAGCUGGGAGAGUUCACAGGCUACAUCGAGUCCCCAAACUACCCGGGGAACUACCCAGCUAACAUUGAGUGCACCUGGACAAUUAAUCCACCGCCCAAACGCAAGAUUCUGAUCGUCGUCCCAGAGAUUUACCUGCCAAUUGAAGAUGAGUGUGGAGACUACUUAGUGAUGAGGAAGAGCGCUCUCCCCAACUCUGUGACAACUUAUGAGACAUGUCAGACAUAUGAACGUCCCAUCGCGUUCACCUCCCGCUCCAAGAGGCUUUGGAUACAGUUCAAAUCCAACGAGGGCAACAGUGGCAAAGGCUUCCAGGUCCCAUAUGUGACGUAUGAUGAGGACUACCAAGAACUGAUCGAGGAUAUCGUGCGGGAUGGAAGAUUAUACGCUUCAGAGAAUCACCAGGAAAUUCUCAAGGAUAAAAAGCUCAUGAAGGCGCUGUUUGAUGUUCUGGCCCACCCACAGAACUUCUUCAACUAUACAGCACAAGAGUCGAGAGAAAUGUUCCCCAAAUCCUUCAUCCGGUUCUUGCGUUCCAAAGUGCUGAGGUUCCUUCGACCUUAGGAUCAGCUAGUUGUGUCCCAAUUUGCAGACGUCUCAUGACAAACAUUUUUUACUGACUGACCAGUUUUGUUUUCUCAUGGCCUGAACACACAUGAUUAAACUGAUCCAAA